AUGCCUGCGCCGAUCCCUCCACGACUUCGUCACAAGCCCGUGCUUCGACUUCACUUAGAUGAGGUCACUCAUCCUGCCGCUCCCAUUGCUUGCUCCUCUCUGGACUCGGGCCUGUUUCUGGCACGCGCCAUUGAGCUUGUGAUUGAUCACCUGUAUAAACCCUAUGGCCUGCACGACAUUCCCAAAGUAAGGUCUGUAACCGUAGUGCUUAGAGCUAUGGGUGGCGUUGCCUACACCAGCGGAUUGCCACUGGACGAUCUUCACAAGGAAAUCCAUCUAUCACUCGAUUACGUGCAGAUUGUGCAUUCAGGGAACUCAUCCCGGAUUCGUCACGAAUUGGCCGGCGUGAUCACUCAUGAAAUGGUACACUGCUACCAGAAUAAUUGCCACGGCACUGCUCCGGGAGGCCUGAUUGAAGGCAUUGCAGACUUUGUCCGGCUAAAGGCCGGCCUCGCCCCACCGCAUUGGAAUCGGGCCCCAGAGAACAGAGGCAAAAAAUGGGAUGAAGGUUAUCAGAAGACUGCAUGGUUUUUGGAAUGGCUGGAAGAACGUCAUGGUCCAGGCAGCAUCAGUCGCAUGAACGAAAGGAUGGGGAAGGGAGAGUAUGUCGAGAAAAGUUUCUGGCCUGACUUGUUCGGCGAAUCUGUGGAACAUCUUUGGAGUAAGUACAAAGAGACUUGGGAGAUGCAGGAUCAAGAAUCCUCUGUCCAGUCGACACGUGAGCCGAGUGCAGCGGGGUCGGAGGCUGAGAUGAUCAAAUUGGACGAACAGGAAAAAGAGGAAGCCAUGAAGGAAGAAAUGAGGGCCAAAGAGUUUUUUGCAUAG